AUGUCUUUUACCGGAACACAGCAAAAAUGCAAGGCUUGUGGGAAGACUGUUUACCCAGUGGAGCUUUUGUCUGCUGAUGGUAUUGAUUAUCACAAAUCUUGCUUCAAGUGUAGCCAUUGCAAAGGUACCCUUAAGUUGAGCAAUUACUCAUCAAUGGAAGGUGUGCUCUACUGCAAGCCUCACUUUGAGCAGCUCUUCAAGGAGAGUGGAAAUUUCAACAAAAACUUCCAAUCACCUGCAAAGGCGGCUGAGAAGUUAUCUCCAAUGCUGACAAAGUCACCGAGCAAAGCUGCAGGCAUGUUUUCGGGGACUCAAGAGAAAUGUGCUACUUGUGGCAAAACUGCUUAUCCUCUCGAGAAGGUAACAGUGGAGAAUGAAUCAUACCACAAGUCUUGUUUCAAGUGCUCCCAUGGAGGCUGUUCUUUAUCUCCGUCAAACUAUGCAGCAUUGGAGGGGAUUUUGUAUUGCAAGCAUCAUUUCUCACAGCUCUUCAAGGAGAAGGGGAGCUACAAUCAUCUCAUCAAGUCUGCAUCCAUUAAGCGCUCUGCAGCAGCAGCAGCAGCAGCAACAGCAGCUGCAGCUUCUAUCCCAGAAGUUUAAGUUCAUCAUCUUCAUCUUCUUACCAUUUUCCAACAAAGUUUUCAGCUUGUUUUGCUUGUGUUUGUCUUUUAUUGGUUAUCGUUUGAUGAGUAAGCUUUCCUUUCGACUUAUUGACUUCCUUUUGUUUGAUUGGUUGGUUCCAUGGGUGCCCAUAUUUAUCUAAACAUACUACUCCCUCUGUACUUGAAAUUUAGUUGUGACUUAUUUCUCAUACACUCAAAACUCUCUUUUUUCU